AAAAAUAAAUAAAAAAUAGCCUAUAAUCAGCAAAAGGGAAUUAACAGCUGCUAUGAUAUACUCUCCAAGGUCAUUAGAUAAGACCGGCUGCUAUUAUAGUUGGUUACCAGAUACGAGGAUGGCAGCCACGGGGAGAACAGUAUACGUGCUCUCGGUAAUCCCACGAUUGGCUAAACUUGUUCAAGAGAAGCUUCCCGACGUGAAUGUAAUAGAAGUCCAGCACAAAGGUACUGUUGAAGAAAAAUAUAAUAAGAAAAUUUAUGAUGAAGAAAUACUUGCCCUGCAAGAUGCUGAGGUGCUGCUUGUGGACAACAACAUCUUGGCUGAGAUUUCAGAUAAACUACCUAAAGUAAAAUGGGCACAGGGAACAUGGGCAGGAGUGGAAGUAUUUCUAAGGAAUCCAGAGAAGCUCCCACCCUUUCCUGUGUCCCGCAUGGCUAGUGACACCUUCAGUCAGCUGAUGGCGGAGUACACGGUGGGCUGGAUUCUGAUUCAUGAACGUGGCUGGCUUGAUUGCCAGCAGUAUCAGCUGAAAAGUGAAUGGCAACACACAGGUAAAAUUGCAUAUUACCGUAGCCUGAAGGAAAUGACAGUGGGUGUGUUAGGCAUGGGCAACAUCGGCAAGGAAGUUGCCAGGAGUUUAAAAACAUUCCACUCUGAAGUCCACGCAUUUACCCGCACCGUACCAUCUCCUGAACGCAUGUCAAACGAUGUGGACAAAUAUUGGCACACUGGUGAGCUGCAUGAGUUUCUGGGGCAAUGUGACUAUAUUGUAAACAUCAUGCCAUCUACACCAGACACCAGGGGAAUGCUGGGUGGGAACACCCUCAAGCAUGCCAAAAAGGAUGCAGUAUUCAUCAAUAUUGGAAGAGGUGAUGUCAUUAGUGAAGGAGAUUUAAUCACAGCUCUUGAUGCUGGAUACUUGUCAGCAGCCAUACUAGAUGUUUUUGAAGUAGAGCCAUUGCCUAAAGAAAGUGGCCUCUGGAAGCACCCAAAGGUGAUGCUGACUCCCCAUUCUGCUGGAGUGAGUCGUGCUCAGGAUGUUACUGAAGCCUUCCUCAUGAACUACAAGAACUUCAUUAAUGGCCAGCCAGUUAGUCAUGUCAUUGACUGGAAAGCUGGAUACUAACUAAAGUGGCAUGUACUGUACAAGUGUGAAUGUACAAAUGAGCAGUCAGUGAAUGGAAGUGGAGAAUAUGGAGUCCUGUCAAUAAAACAAUAGCUCUUUAAAUUUCCUCCAACCACUUCUCACAAUUGCACAAUUUUCCAUCAAUUCCCCUACCUCUUCAUGUGUUCCUUCCACUUUGGCUUGUAAGACCUCUUUGUGAGUCAAAGUGAACAACACGGGGGUUUGCAGCUGAUCCUUGAUGCACUUUAACAUUUGUAAGGAACUCAUCACUCACCACUAUCCAUCCUCAACUAUGAACAGAAUAUCACAUUUGUACAUAACUAUCUUCACUCUGACCUGCCAGUCCUCUAAUCCAAACUUCCUUGUUUAUAUCACCAUUUUUCAGGAUACUUUCAAAUCUCUUCUUCAGAAAGUUUCUUAAUUUUUUUUUUCAUAAAUAUUUUUCCUACAGUUGCCAAACAAUGAGUACAGUAUUCUCUCUUCCUUACUUAAAACCAUACUGCAUCCUUGCAAUUAUGUUUUUAUACAGGGACUUGCAAGUAUGCAUUGUAUUUCCUCAUGUAGGAUUAUCAAUGGAUUGUCAAAUAUAAGUCACUGUGUCUUAAGGUGUC